GCUAAUAAUAUAUUUCGUCUACUGAUUUAGGUUUUUAUGUAUCGAUGUUAUCUUUUCUUCUCCUGGCAAAUUCCCUGUAUUAAAGUUAUGUUUUUUUAAAGUAAACUUAUUUUUUUAUUAUUAGAAACGAGCGCGACAGUGAUAUGAGCAACAACACAUGUAAAUCUCAACGCAUACAGAAAUUUCGCUGAUAACCUUUCGCCACAACACAUUCUUUUAUUUAAACGAAGAAGAAAAAAAACAGCAAAAUAUGUGUUCGGUAUACCGUCGAUCUGAUCAAAGCUGUGUGAUCAGUGAGCUGAAUACAGAAUUGGUUUAAACAUCGAAAGUUUGGCUGCUUAAUUGGAAUUUUACCAACUACGUAGUGAUUUUCAACGCUGCAUACAUUGUUUUGUCCUUAAAAGUGUAUUUUUUUUAAAAUAGCAAGUGCAAGUAAAAGAACAGUAAAACAAAUGUUUUAGACAUAAACCGAUUGAAAUUUUGCAAACAAUCGAUGUGAAUUCGAGAGAGGUUACAACGAUACAAGUGACUACGAUUACGAUAACAGCACAGACAUGCCGAACACCACCAUCGUACAAGACCAUAGGCAGUUAACGGAAUGGUCUAAGGCUGGCGGUAAUUCAACUGAGAUGCCACUAGAUAUGGUAUUUAAUGAUGGCCAUCUCUUAUCAAUAGUUGUUUACAGUAUUCUAAUGGUACUUUCGUCAAUUGGGAACAUCACAGUCCUGGUACUUUUGAUAAAGCGCCGAUUAAAGCGGCCAUCUCGAAUAGACACCAUGCUAACACAUCUGGCCAUAGCGGAUUUACUUGUUACAUUUAUCAUGAUGCCGCUCGAAAUUGGCUGGGCAUAUACUGUAUCAUGGAGAGCAGGUGACUUUAUGUGUCGGCUAAUGAGUUUUUUGAGAACAUUUGGAUUGUAUUUGUCAAGUUUUGUUCUGGUUUGCAUAUCAGUUGAUAGAUAUUUUGCAGUCAUAAAGCCAAUGAAACUGGCAGGUGUUAAUAGACGUGGAAAAGUAAUGCUGUGUGCAGCAUGGAUAACUUCAUCGAUUUGUAGUAUGCCCCAAGCCAUCAUAUUCCAUGUAGAAAAUCAUCCAAAUAUCACACAUUACCAACAAUGUGUCACAUACAAUUUCUUUCGCGACGAGUCCCACGAAAAAAUCUACUCGUUCAUUGGAAUGAUGUUAAUGUAUGCUUUGCCCCUGCUAUGCAUCGUCUAUUGCUAUGCAUCGAUUUACAUUGAGCUAUAUAAGAAGAGCAGGAAGUGUGUAACAGAUAGGUUUCGUCGUUCAAAUGACGAUGUCUUGAGCCGAGCAAAGAGGAAGACACUACGAAUGACGAUAACUAUUGUGAUAGUUUUCAUUGUCUCGUGGACACCAUUCUAUGUAAUGUCAGUUUGGUACUGGUUGGACAAAGACACAGCACUCAAAGUCGAUCAAAGAAUACAAAAGGGUUUAUUCUUAUUCGCAUGCACGAAUUCGUGUAUGAAUCCUAUUGUUUACGGUCUGUACAACAUCCCCAGGCGUUCGAAAAAUGAUUUGGUAAGUAGCGGCACUCAAAUGUCCUUCAUGCUUCAAUGUCAAAACCCAACGAGUCUAUAGCCAACGAUUUUAGUCGACGAAAUAGCGUGCGGAAAUCAGUUUGUGUAAAUUGUGGCGAGUCAAUUGAUCUUUCCAACUUGAGGGUGCAUAGAACGUUGUACCACUAGUGUUAAGGAAUCAAUGUGCUGUAAAAAUCGACUUUUCACCGUUCUGUGGUUAAUUUUUCACAUUCUAUUUUAUUCGAAAUAUAAGUAAUUCUAGCAACAAAUAAAGUGUCACAAUUUUGUGUGAAUAUUAUCAUCAAAAUCAUUGAA